AUCAACAUUCAAAAAAUGGCAGCGGUCAACCAAACAAAAAUAAUGUUUGCAAAUCUAAUGCGAAAAAAAACUCCUAAAACAAUAUGCAAAAGGUGUUUUUCAGUUACAAGACCAGUACAGAAUGACAAACCUCUCAUUGGUUUUAUUGGCUUGGGAAACAUGGGAAAUCACAUGGCCAGGAACUUGGUCAGCAAGGGCUACCCUCUCCUUGUGUAUGAUGUCAACACUGAUGCUGUUGAUGGACUCAAACAAGCUGGUGCCAAAGCUGCGGUUUCUCCAGCUGAGAUUGCGUCAAACACAGACAGAAUAGUCACCAUGUUACCGGCCAGUCAACACGUCCAACAGGUGUAUGCUGGGGACAAUGGCUUACUCAGCAAGGUUGUGAAGGGCAGUAUAAUGAUAGACAGUAGUACUAUAGACCCAGCAGUCUCUAAGGAUAUGGCCAAGGCUGCCGAGAGUAAGGGGGCAUUCUACCUGGAUGCACCGGUCUCUGGGGGGGUAAAUGCUGCUCGACAAGCCCUUCUUACUUUCAUGGUGGGUGGACCAGAAUCAAAGUUCCCAGAAGCUGAGGCCAUAUUACAGAACAUGGGCAAGAAUGUAGUUCACUGCGGGCCAGUGGGCACAGGACAGGCAGCUAAGAUCUGCAACAACAUGUUACUGGGUAUUUCUAUGAUCGGGACAUCAGAAACCAUGAACCUGGGGAUCAAGUUGGGUCUUGACCCAAAGAUGUUGGCAAAGAUUCUGAACAUGAGCUCGGGUCGCUGCUGGUCCAGUGAUACAUACAAUCCAUGCCCCGGGGUGUUUGAGAAUGUCCCCUCCAGCAAUAACUAUGAAGGAGGGUUUGGUACUGCACUCAUGACCAAGGAUCUAGGUCUGGCUAACAACGCAGCCAAGGACACUAACUCUGCUGUCAAUCUAGGUCGGGAGGCACUAGAAAUCUACACCAAAAUGACAGAGAAAGGGUACGGAGGAAAGGACUUCUCUGUUAUCUUCAAAAUCUUAGAAGAAAUGUCAGGCCCAGAGGUGGAGAAGAAAAAGAAGGAAUUCUUUGAUUAAUUGUUGAGACAUUCCAUGAAUAUUAAGUUGAUCCUGUGAGUGUAUAUGCUUGUCAAAAUGUUUUCUUGCGUGGGUACUAAAGAUUUUGACCUGGAAAUUUAGCUAUAGUUAUGUAAAAUGCUGUGCAAUCAGUUAUUUGGAGUAUAUAUGAAUGUGAUGUUCAUUAUUUGGUUUUUAAAGAAAGAAGAAGGGAAAAAAAAUGACCCCUUAUCCAUAGGCAUCUUGUAAUGAACACAAUGUAUAGUACUUUAAAAUCACCAUAAUCAUAUUCAUGACAAACAUGUUAAAGUUAUUAUUUUGCAUUUUUGCACAUCUGUGGAUUGGAAGUGCACGAUUUCUUACUAUAUAUCUUUUAAAUUACUUUGUAGAGUAUGUAGUUGUUUUUUGUAUUUUUUGUGAGAAAAAAAAACUUACUGGUCUACAAUCAACUGUUUACAAAUGUUUUAUGAAUUAAUGUACUAUUUUUGAUAUUUUCGGUUGUACAUACAUGUAUCACAUAUAACUAUAAGUAGUGAUUUUUAGUGCUUUUCUAUAUUUUGUAAAGAGAUUAACAUCCAACAGUGUUAAAAUAUUUUUCCUUUUGAAAAGCAUGGAAUAAUUUACAGAAGUGAGAAUGAGAUUGAUGUGUGACUUCAAAUGGUCAUUAUUUUUUGAUGACCAAAUUUUCAAGCAUCAGAUUUUUAUAUAAGUUUAUUGAAUUGUCUUUAGUGACAUUUGGCUGGUCAGAAAUUUCCCACUGGCAAUGAAAAUACAUGUAAUGUAUUCACAGUGUGCACUAGGUCUGUUUGAGUGAGCUGCUUAAAAUAAUUGUGUACUGAAUGAUUUUUUUCCUCAUUUUAACACUUUAGGGAUGGGAAUGGGGCAGUUACUAUAGAUUUAUCCUGAUUGAUCAUGUUGAUAGAUGCAAUCAAGUUUGGACAUAUUUUUAUAAAGAAUACUCAUUUUGCUCAACAAUAGAAGGGAGAAUGCAUUAUGUGCUUAAUUUUAUUUCAGAAAUGUCAAAACAGAACUUUAAAAAUAAUUUCUGUAGAUUGUGCAGUUCAUUUAAUGUGUGUGAUAUAUGUGCUCUUAAUUUUUUUUCUAUAAAAUACACAUAUUGACUUUGCCUUGCUGUGAUUCACUUUUUGAGGUGACAUAUCAAUACUUAUAAUACCAAGUUCAUUGUAUUAAGAUACAAAUGUACAAAGUGUCUCAGGUCUUGCAUUAUGUAAUUGUGUCCACAUAAUAAAAGGAAGAAAAAAAGUU